AACAUCACCCAAACUAAGGCAAGAGAUGCAUACAUCACAGCAGUUUCCAAAAAUGUGAUUCUUGUGACUUUAUAUUUCUCCAUUAACUAUGUUAAUGGUACACUUGUCCACACCUUUGUCAAGCAUGAAAUCUUCAAUGAGAAUCCUCGCUACAUCCUUUUCAUACAUAUGGUUGUAAAUGACAUGAUCCAGUUAACAGUUGCUGUAAUGCUUCACCUUAUUGUAUACAUUUUUUAUACAAUUAAUGUUUCAUUCUGUUGUUUUCUUUUAAUUACUGCGAUAAUCCCCACCCUCAACACUCCACUGAACCUUGCUGGUAUGGCCAUAGAACGCUAUAUAGCAAUCUGUAACCCAUUAUAUCACAGUCAUAUCUGUACUGUUCGAAGAACAUAUAUGUUGAUCAGCCUUAUCUGGUUCCUAGGUUCAAUUCCCAUUCUUCCAGAUUUGUUCAUUCUUGUAGCCACUGAGCCUUCAGAAUUCUUUUUUUCUAAGAUUAUCUGCAGUCGUGACACAGUGUUCCGCCACCCGUAUCUGGUGGAAAAAAAGAACAUCUCACAUCUGGUCUACCUCUUGUUUGUCUGGCUUAUUUUGGUCUAUACUUACUUCAGAAUCAUUUUCGCUGCCAAGGCAGCUGGCUCAAAUGCUAAGAAAGCCCGCAACACGAUCAUCCUACAUGGAUUACAACUUGUGCUAUGCAUGUUCACAUACAUAGGCCCACCACUUGAAAGCUUUUUCUCCUCUCUUUUCCCCAUAUUAACACUUGAACUGAAAUAUGUUAAUUUUCUCUUUGUCUAUGUUUUGCCCAGAUUUUUAAGUCCCGUUAUAUAUGGAUGGAGAGACCAGAUGUUGUCAUCAUAUCUAAAAAGGGAUUUGUUGUGCAAUAAGAAAAAAAGUCAAAUAAAAGCAGAAUUUAACUAG